AUGACGGAACCAAUGUCAAGUCUUUCGUCGGAGAAGCUAAACACCUACUCUGACGACAUCAUCAUCGACGAUAUCGAUAUGGCGUACAACGACCCUCCCUCAUCGCCUUUUAUGGACCACAUUGAUGUCGAAGACCAAGAGAAUAUUGCCCCCAACGCAGCGGCCACACCUGUGAAGCCAUUAGUUGAUCUGGAGGACAGCGCACCGCAAUCUGCGUUCAGAGUGUCGCCAGAGAAGAAGUAUGGGUUGAAAGAGCGCACAAGCCCAAUGAAGACGCUCCCGGUGAAGAAUUUAAUGGACGACUUCGACGACGCGGCACUCAAAAUUAGCAGCGACGAUCAACACACGCCCAAGAGAGAUAUCUCUUCAGCCAAGGAGACUCCCAUCGAGCGACCAGGCUCCGCAAUGAGCAGCAACUCCCACAAGAGUCAGUCACCCUCGAAAUCGUCCCGCGUUCCUUCGCCCGGAACGGCUCAGCGCAAGACAACACAUACACACCAACGCCAAAUAUCUGUCACGCCAUCAAAACGACCGGCCUCUUCUCACCAAGAGCCAGCCCUUCGUGAUAAUGAAGGCUUGACCACUGCAAUGAAAUUCAUGGAAGAGAGUAGCUCGAGAAAUCGGGAAACUCCAAGGAAACAAUCUUUGCGAAACGAUGAAUACGAGAUCGAUCUGAGUAUGGACAACACGGACUUCAACCCAGACGGCCCAGAAGUAACAUCCUUGGAUGUUGACGAUACCUGCUUCAGCAACUUCUCAGAAAUGCCCGGAAUAGAUAUGACAAAGUUUGCCGGCCUGAAGCAGAGCCCAGCCAAAAACCAGAUGCCAGAUGCUACGCCUCGCGCUCGCACUCAAAUGACCCCGUCCACAGUCCGCCGGUCCGAACGUACACCUAGCCCUACGCCACGGCGCGCAUACAAUGAAAAUGAUACUACAAAUCUACUCCUAGACUUUACAGCUCAGAUCGAAUCCUUUUCCUCAUCCCGCCGUGAGUCAGCAGGACGCAGCCGCCAUUCGCCUAGCAAGUCCGCUGCUGAGCCAAACCUCCGCGCAUACUACCAAAACCAGCGAUCACCGGCCAAAGGUGGAUCGCAAGUACCUGCGACCCCGAACCAGAGAAGUCAAAUGUUGAAUUUGUUAGAUUUCGAGCUGCCUCCACCACCAACACCACGUUCACUGCCUACUGUCACUAUUCGUGAGUUGGAGUCUGUAAAAUCCCAGUUCCAAUCUCAGGUCUCGUCUCUUACAGCUAGCUUAUCUGGAAAAGAAGCCGAGAUCGACGCUCUUUCAAAAGCUAUUGCCGAUGCUGAGCGCCGGGUUGGCGAAGCCCAAGAGACCGUCCGCGACGAACGCUCAGCUCGCGAAUAUGCAGAGACUCAAAUGGUCGACUGGAAAUCAAAGGGUGAAGAGGUCCAAAGAUUACUGCAAGACGUCCAGGCCGAGAUGGCUCGUAAUGACGCUGAGCGUGAAGAUCUCCUAGCGAGGUUAGCUGAUGCUGAGAAGCGUGCAGACGAUGCUGAGAGCCGCUCGGCUGAGCUUGAAACCAAGGUCAUUGACGCUGAAAGCAAGAACGUGGACAUGACGACUUUCAUCAAUAACGACGAGGGAGACGAGAACAAAAAGGUCUACUCUGAGCUCGAAUGCCAAUCUGCGAUUGCUGAGAAGGUCAAUGAGAUUGCACGCGACCUACAUACAGCUUACAAGGCCAAGCAUGAGAAGAAGAUUAAGGCCCUCAAGGACAACUACCAGAAGAAGGCCGAUGAUAAGUGUAAGGAGCUUCGGACGCAGAUUGUUAGUCUCGAACGACAAGUUGAGGAGGCAGAGAAAAAGCGUGACAGCACAUUCAGCAGGAUCAACCCCGAUCAGCAUAACUCCGAGGACGAAAACCAAAGAGCAUCCCCCACAAAGUCUACACGAAACGCCGAAGACGCUCAGAUGCUAGAAGCGCAGAGAGCCGAAAUCGAGAACCUCAAAGCUAGACUCGCUGGUCUGCAAUCUGAGCUUCAUUCCCUUCGCAAGUCCCAUGAUAUACUUGUGGAGGAUCUCGAGGCUGAGCGCAUUGAGAAGGGCGAGCUGGUAGCAGCUGCCGAACAAAUGCUGUCUAUGUGCGGUGAGAAGAUGGAAGAGAUGCAACAAGAAGACCUUCGCCGUUCACAAAUCAGCUCUGCGCCACCUACUGCGCCUCAACAACAAGCACCACCCCAACAAGCAAUGCGCAACACAGGCUUCCUUGCUGGUGGCACCAGCACUCCUCGCCCUGCGUCUGCACUCGUUGGCGGACGCCCCGGCAGUGCUAUGGGUGACCGUCUAGGGGCUAUGAAUGAGCGCACAGGUAGUGCCAUCGCAAAACCGUCCGGUCUUCGUGCACCAGGUGGUCUAAAAUUUCAGGGUACUCCCGGACUGAACCGGAGCCAAAGUGGCGGGAAGAGCAGGUUAUUGUCUAAUAUUGAGCGUAUGGGUGGAGGAAAGACACAGGAGUAG